AUGUCGGACGUUGAAAAGGCGAUAUCCGGCUUAGUAGAGGAUGAAGAACUAUUACAACAACACCAGCAACAGCAACAGCAGCACCCCCAACAACAACAACAACAGCAAUCAACACCUUUAAACAAAAUAAUCAUAAACAACUAUAAUUUGCAAAACGAAACCGGAAAUAGUAGUUUAUUACAAAAGCACAACAACAGCAACAGUGAGCCUUUGCCACAGCAACAACAUCAACAGCACCCCCACCAUCACAUAACCUUUCAGCAGGACUCGCACACAAACGCCACUCACAACUACUUAACGGCCCAACAGCACAACUGUUUAAGCCGUUUGGCCAAGUUAAUAUUUUCCACACCUGGCCUGGUCGUAAUGGUUGUAGUUUAUACCAUAAUGGGCGCAUUUAUAUUUCCUUUGCUGGAGGCACCACAGGAUAUUAGCAAAUCAGCUCUUAUUGCGAAAUCCAGAGAGGAAUGUCUAAAGGAGCUGUGGAUAAUAACAGAGAAAUUGAAUGUCCUUUAUGAACGCAACUGGACAAUGUUGGUGCACGAACAAUUGAGACGUUUCGAGGGCACUAUUGUGGCAGCGACACGCAAUAUGGCGGCUGGUGCAACAGCCGCAUCAGGUGGAACGACCGGAGGUUAUGGCAUGGCCACCGAGACAACAACAACAGCGCUGGGCCGUUAUGGCGGCAACAAUUUGGUGGAAUAUAGUGAUUUAACCGCAACAAGAUGGUCUUUUAGUGAAGCCCUACUCUAUUCAGUAACUGUGAUAACAACAAUUGGUCAUGGCAGCUUAACACCGCGUACAGCUGGUGGUAAAAUAGCAACUAUUUUUUAUGCCUUAAUUGGGGUGCCACUGAUGUUGAUGUGUCUCUCCAGUUUAGGUGCCCUACUGGCCGAUGCUCUGCAAUGUACCUAUGCGCGUUUAUGUUGCCGUUGGCCACAAUAUGUGGUGGAUGCUGGCGAUGAUUUGCACCAAGAUAUACAACACUCUAAAGCUACACAAUCAAAGCGUAUUAAACGCCAGCAAAGACAUUCGGAUAUAAAUGUGGAAAAAUCAGCCGCUCAUCAUGAGAUUAAACAACGUUUGCAGCAUCCCUGUGAUUUUCAGGAACAUCAAAAUGGCAUAAAUUGUAAAAAUUGUAAAUAUGAUGCCAUAAUUGGAGAAUCGAAUACAAACCAUGGUUAUGACUAUAAACUGUGUAAUGAUACCACAGCAACAACAACAAUAUCAUCAUCGUCGUCAACGGCAGCAGCAGCAGCCGCAUCAGCAACAACAACGACAGCCAUGACAACAAUGAAACUUGGCCAUAAAGAAGAUUGCUGUCAGCUUUUGCAAAAUUCUCCGGGAAAAUACACUCAACAUUUGUCCUCUUGUAUGCAAUUGAAAAUGUCGCCUACAAUGACGGUCAGUGGUAGUGCCACGAAUGCAACACCAGUCCAGCAACAACAGCAGCAACAAUACUAUCAGCAAAGACCAGAUGUCAUGCUAAUGACAACCGGCCACAAAUUGUCUUCACAGCAGCCAGCAACAAUGGCUACGGCCUGUCGCAUGGUCUUGCCACCCUCAAUACCACCCUCGCAAGCACAACGUUUCUAUACGAAUACAGCGCCUGCCAUGGCAACAUAUCAUAUUGUUUCCUCAGCCUCGGCCAAUUCAUCACCCACCCAUCAGCAGUCCAUACGACACUAUAUAGUGCCGCAAUUGCCACCACCUCCAACAUCUUCUUCAACUUCCGCAUCGGCUACCCAGCAUUUUAUGGCUGUGCCCUCAAGUAUGCUACGUUUCCAUCAAACAUCGCCACAGACAUCGACACAACAUCAGCAGAGUGCAGGCAAUACAACAUCAAAUAUUAAUAUAAAUCCAUUGGCAUUACCCGUAUCAGGUUCAGCUACUGUUUAUUUUCCGAUUGUUACACCAGCUGCUGCCUCCCAAAAUACCACAUUAGGUGCUACCCAGCCUCUGGUCAAAUAUCACACCAUACAAAUGCCUCAUAAGAGACAACAUAAUUUAUCGUUGUUGCAACAAACCGAUUUACACGAUAAUCAACUCAUAAAUGCUGCUGAAGAUGUUGACUGUACUCUAUUUCCACCCCCGCCGCCACCUGCCUAUCAAACCGCCACUGUCCAUGGUAUAAGAAGGGCGAAAUUCUUAACGAAACCACUACCACAAGAAAUCAAUACUUUAAUGCAUGAAAGUGAUAUUUCCUGCCGGCAUGAUUUAUCACAAAACUUGCCGUCAUUUAACAACAGCAGUAACAGUUUAGUAAGUGAACAGCAGCUUACGUUAACAGCGGCACCAGCAACAACACCAUCAUGUGUUUACACUCCAACAUCAGUCAUGCUUUCAAGCGAAACAGCACUGGAAACAGACACAGCUAUGGCACCAACAACAGCUGGCCACAGUUUUUAUGGUAGCAGCAAUACCUCAACUACCACUGCCUCCUCAACAUCACCAGCAUCCUCGGCAACAUUAACAAAUAAUACAAAUUCUAACGUAGAUAUAAUGGAGGAUGAAGAGGAACAAGAGCAACAACGUUUGGGCAAUUGCCCUCAUGGCACUCCCUCUCGAGUACCUUUACUAACCAGUUCUGCAGUGUCAACUGAAGACAAGUCUCAUGCCCGCAGUUUCCUUAAUGCCACAGCCGCUUCAUUUCAUCGCCACACCCUAAAUACCUUUCAACGCUCCAGCCACUCUAUGGGCCAGCAACGUAAAUCCGUUAUAAUCAAUCGCAAAGGUGAAUGUAAUUUACAUGUACCCAAGCGUCGCAAUUCCUCUGGUGCCGCUAUUUGUUAUGGCGAUCACUACGAAGAUACCUCCGAUGAUGAUUGUGGUGGUUUGGAAGGCACCAAUAUCUAUAAACUAAAACAUCUACAUCACUCCCAGACUGAUAAACACCUCGGCCAAGACGAUUUUUGUGAUAAUCAUUCGUUAGUCUCGCUCAGCGACUCAACGUCACAAAUACCUCAGGUUCCCAUCAUUGUGGUUUUGUUCAUUUUAAUAUUCUACGUCUGUCUGGGCACUGUCAUAUUUGCUCUGUGGGAAAAUUGGUCUCUAAUCGAUGGUGCUUAUUUUUGUUUUGUCACCCUGACAACCAUUGGUUAUGGUGAUUUUGUGCCGCUGAAAACGUUUCAGGGCCCCGAAAUCCAACUGUUUGCCUGCUGUGCUUAUUUGCUGUUGGGCCUAGUGUUGGUGGCCAUGUCGUUUAGUAUUUUGGAAACCCAAUUGAUAUGGAAGUGUAAACGUUUAGCGGUUAGACUGAAAUUAGCCAAAGAAUGA